UGUUAUUUUGACCCCGCCCACAUUUCAAAUUACUGAAGGAAGAAGAAUACAGUUGCUGUAGCUCCUAUAUGCAUUUUGCAUUAAUAUUUUCCGCAUGUUUUCAAAGUAAUCAAAACGUGUUGCUUAAUUGGAUUAUCCCACCUGAGAGCCCCGGCUGGAGGGAACAGAUUGAGAUCCUCUCCUCUCCAGCAGCAUCAGUGGACCAUGGAUAGUGAGGGCAGAAAGGUUGUCGUCUGUGACAAUGGCACAGGGUUUGUCAAGUGUGGCUUCGCUGGCUCCAACUUCCCAGAGCAUAUCUUCCCUGCCUUGGUGGGUCGGCCCAUCAUCCGGUCAAACACCAAAGUUGGAAACAUCGAGAUUAAGGACCUGAUGGUGGGUGACGAGGCCAGUGAGUGUCGCUCCAUGCUGGAGGUGUCCUACCCCAUGGACAACGGCAUGGUGCGCUCCUGGGAAGACAUGCUUCACCUGUGGGACUACACCUUCGGCCCCGAGCGCCUGGACAUCAGCCCCCCAGACUGCAAGGUGCUUCUGACGGAACCGCCCAUGAACCCCACUAAGAACCGUGAGAAGAUCGCUGAGGUCAUGUUUGAGACCUACCAGUUCCACGGCAUCUACGUCGCCAUCCAGGCCGUGCUCACUCUCUAUGCCCAGGGUUUGUUGACAGGCGUGGUUGUGGAUUCGGGGGACGGGGUGACCCAUAUAUGUCCUGUGUACGAGGGCUACUCUCUACCCCACCUCACACGCAGGCUGGACAUCGCUGGACGUGACAUCACACGCUACCUCAUCAAGUUGCUGUUGCUGCGUGGCUAUGCCUUUAACCACUCGGCUGACUUUGAGACGGUCCGCAUGCUGAAGGAGAAGCUGUGCUAUGUGGGAUACAACAUCGAGCAGGAGCAGAGACUGUCUACAGAGACCACCGUGCUGGUGGAGUCAUAUAUGCUGCCUGACGGUCGUCAGGUGAUGGUGGGAGGGGAGCGGUUCGGAGCACCAGAGGCCCUCUUCCAGCCCCACCUCAUCAACGUAGAGGGUGCAGGCGUGGCUGAGCUGCUGUUCAACACCAUCCAGGCUGCUGACAUAGAUCUCAGGUCUGACUUGUACAAGCACAUUGUUCUGUCAGGAGGCACCACUAUGUACCCCGGCCUUCCCUCCAGACUGGAGAGAGAGAUCAAACAGCUGUACCUGGAGAAGGUGCUGCAGGGGGACACUGAGAAACUUUCUAAGUUUAAGAUCCGCAUUGAGGACCCCCCAAGCCGUAAACAUAUGGUGUUUAUGGGUGGAGCGGUGCUGGCCAACAUCAUGAAGGACAAGGAGUCCUUCUGGCUGAGCCGGGCUGACUACCUGGAGAAAGGCCUGAGGGUUCUGGACAAACUGGGGUGUGGCGUGAAGUAGAGGUGAAAUAGAGGUGGUUAGCUAGGGUCCCACACACACACACACACACACCCACCCACACACACACACACACACACACACACACACACACACACACACACACACACACACACACACACACACACACACACACACACACGGUCUGGGGGUGCUGGACAAUCUGGGGUGCAGCAGUAGACAGAAGUCAUGGGUUCAUUUAGCCAUCAGUUGGGUAUUUUUACUCUCACGCUGGGUUGACCUAGCAGCUGGGUCUUUUUUAAUAUAACCCUUAGGUUCUGUUCAGGAGGCGUGACUUAUUAGGGGUGUGUCUUUCAGCUAGCUCUUAUUGGUCACCCAUGAGAUUAAAUGUCAUUACUGUUCAUUACAGUUCAUUACAGUAUGUUAAGUCUGUUGUAAGAGAAUAUAAUUUUCAUAUUCGUCACUGUCAACUUUCCAAGUUGUUUCAUACUGUCAAGUUAACAUAUUGUAUUGCAUAAAAUACAACAAUUAUACAGUACAAUACACUUGUAAGGUUUCAUAUUUUUACCAUUUGAAUUCUCACUGUGUCUAAUGGAAUCAUUUUGAAGUAGCCAUUGUUUCAAAUGCAUAUGCAAAUAAAUAUAACUGACGUUAGCCUAAAUGCCAAAUUGAAUAAAGUGAAUGUCAUUGUUUUUGAUGACUGACUAGCAGUGGUGGAAAGUACUUAAAUAAAAAGACUUUAAAUUACUA